AUGUCUUCUGCCAACAACUCAACUCGUGCCACGCCCUCUCCCUUGACCUCUAAUGGUGUCCAACCGAAAUCAACGACUGGGAUUAUUCCCACUAACAACGUCACAACAAAGGCAGGAGUGACUGUGCGGGCGCGCAUUGAUCCGACCCUCACUGUUGAAGAUGUCGUCCGCCAACUCUGUCUCCAUCUUAAAGUCACGGAACCCCAUACCGCCCUUGCGUUGAGAGACCGUGACACGGAGGAGCUGAUAACUAGUGAAAACCUCCGAAAAAAGAUCAAGAACAAAGUUCACUUGAAGUUGGUUAAUUCAUCUGCGAUCGAAGCAGCGGGAAUCGUCGCAAAACUUAGUUUACGUGAGGAGAAAUCGUUGCGAAUGUCCUUAUUCUCGUUGCAGAGAUUCAUAAAGGAAGAAAAAUUUGCCCAAGAAUUUCUGGACCGUGAUGGCCUCCGAGAGCUCGUCGACGUAAUAGAAACGGCACAUGGAAAUACUCUUGCAUAUGCGCUGACUGCAAUGCAAAACCUCAUGGAUCUCGAUUAUGGCUGGUCCACGCUCGAUGAUAGUUUUAUUUUCAAAGUCGUGCAAAUAUUAUCAUCUCCUAAUUCUCUUAUCAACGUCUGCAGACCAGCUACUGCGAUCUUGAAGAAACUGGUAGAAGCUGACCCUACGAGCGUCCCUGGUCCAAUCAUCGCCAGCUCGAGUCGGAUACCCCCAGUAGCCCCAGCUGGAUCGGUAUAUCGAUAUGGGUUUCAGAGUGUAUACGAGCAGAUGCGAAGGCAGAAGGGAUCAUUGGAAACAGUGGUCAGUCGUUUGGGAAGUCCUGACACUGCUAUGGCACAACACAGCGUGAUGCUAAUUAACUCAUUGCUAUCUCAUGUCAAUGAUACCUACUGGGAUGAGUUUAUUGCUGAUCUCGAGCGACUGAACGUUCGAAAAGCUAUAAUACGGCUGAUGUCGUCACAUGUUGAUGACCUUACCUCUUGUGUUCUCGAUUUCCAAGCAAAUAUUGUUCGCGUCACUUACAGGAAGAAAACCACACUUGUUGAACCUGAAGUAGAACUUGCUCAUCUCUCUGCGCUUCAUUAUAUUUGGGAAUGCAGCGGGGUUCAGGAGGGAUUGGAUUCAGAAGGGCACCCAUCGAAAUGGCGAAGACUUGGUUUUGACAGUGAGAAUAUUGUGGAAGAGUUCCAAGAUGCUGGUGUUCUGGGUCUCGAUUGCUUGGUUAAUUUCGUACAGGACGAUCCCGACUUUUUCUCCAAGGUUAUUUUGGAGCAGCUCAGUCGGCCUGAGGAGCGCCGAUGUCCCGUGGCCAAAGCAUCGAAUGAAGUUGUGGAAUUACUCUCCCAACACUGGACAAUAUUCGCUCCAGCCUAUUCGACCUCAGCCUUUCAACCCCUCUUUCUAAAUUUCCAGAAGGUCCAUUGUCUGGCUUUGCAUUUCUUUCUGCGUAUGUGGAAUGAGAGUGGUUCUGCAGUAGAUGAUUUCAACCGCAUAGCUGACCUCACACGAAGCCAAAUCAAAGUAGCACUGCAGCAGGAAAGUGCAAAGCCGUGGCAUGAAGUCGAGCACGACUUUCUCGAGCGUGAAUAUCGUGCAGUCAGGGACAGGCAGAUGCAGGAAUUAGAGGCCGGAGAUGACCUCUUGAGCAGAGUUCCAGUGCGUAACCUCAAGGAGAAGCUCACAAGGGAGUCCGCGGAAUUCGUUCGCCAACAAAGGAUACAUUGCCUGCUUCAGGGCGCGUGGUUCUUAAACGGUGUGCCAACCCAGCACACCGGAUCCGCGAGACGACCAAACGGACAAUGGCGAUUUAUGCGUUUGGAUAACGGCCUCAAAUAUCUGCAUUACGUCGACAGUUCCGCCAAAAUCGACGUCCGCAAUGGUACAGAGGACCUUCCCGAACGCAUCGAGAUCGCCUCCAUAAAUCAAAUCACCACCGGUACCUGUGCUCCACUUCCGAACUUGGCGCGGGACCACCCAGAUAUACCUACCACACUUUCGCCAUCACCUUUAUCAUUCUCCCUCCUGAGUGCCGGAGGAGAAUCCCUGGCUGACCAGAUUGCCACUCACCAAUCCAGAUGGGCUGACUGGACUGAUGGGUUGAACAUGCUUCGGCGGGACAGUGGUCACGUCACAUCUGAGGAAACAGCAGGAUACAUUAAAGCACUCACAGAGAUCGGACUAAAAAUUAAACUUUUAGAUCUUUCGGGCGAAAAGGUCGAUAUACCCAGCGGACUCGUAGCGGGACCGCCCCCUACUAACACAGACUUCUUCUUCUCAGACCUACUAUGAUUGUAAAGCGACCUGUAAUACUUUCUUUUGAUUGCUUAGCUGUAAGACAUGCCAUCACGAGAUGCCAAGAAGGGUUGGCCAGGAAGUGUAAACCAUGCUAUUAGUCUUCCGUUAGCCUUUACAGUAGAAUCACAAAAAAAGCAUUCCUCCACUAAAACAAGUAUCCGGAAGCAGUAUGCAAUGCAGUUGGAUGCAGUGGAUGAUAUACAAACAGCAGUUGAUGCAGGUAGGAUAUGACAGUACAGUGCCCGAUGUUGGAUAUUUAUAUAAGGAAUGGAAAAUAUGCAUAGGUGUGCGUUACGGGGGUUGAACCCGAAAUAGUAUACUAUUAUGAACGUCACUGGUGGUGAGUUGGAUCAUGUCAAGUUUGCGGCGGGGUAACCGUCUAGUUCAGGUCACCAUUGGUUUGGGCUGAACCGUUCGCUGUCGCGCGAGACGCGGC